AUGUACAGCCGCUACAAGAAGACGGUGCCUGUGACGAAUGUGCAAUUCCACACGCGACGACUUUGCGUUUGUGCGCCCGCCUCACGCGUAGAGAAUGCUGGGUGGACGGCAGCGGCAAAGCUCAUCUGCCACGAUCGCCGCGCUAGCGUCAAAAUGUGGGGUUUGGCAUCCCUCACAAAAGGGAAAGCCACUGCAAACCCACUGCUGGCACCCCGAAACAGUGGAAGACGUGACCUCGAACCACUCCUCACCUGCGGAGCCUUCGCACCAGGAGAUACAUCCACGUCCUGA